ACCUUCUCAUCUGGUGUGUGGGAGCGGCACGUCAGUAUCGACUAACAUCAUUCUCUUCCCGGGCGGAGUGUGGAUACUGUCAGAGCCCACACCGGAUACUUUCUGACUGAGAGCCGAAAGCAGCGAGUUUGUAAAACGCCGCGACGGGGGCAUCCCAUUUUUUGUUUUAAUUUUGAAGCAAACUAGUUCUCAGGUCUUGCUGAGAUGGUAGAUUAUCACGCCGCAAAUAACCAGCAGUAUACCGCCGGCGGGCCGCCAAGCUACAUGGAACAGGAGAAUGACUGGGACCGGGACCUGCUUCUCGACCCGGCCUGGGAGAAACAGCAGCGAAAGACGUUCACAGCCUGGUGCAACUCCCACCUGCGGAAAGCUGGCACUCAGAUCGAGAACAUCGAGGAGGACUUCAGGGACGGCCUCAAGCUCAUGCUGCUGCUGGAGGUCAUCUCAGGGGAGCGGUUACCCAAGCCAGAGAGAGGCAAGAUGAGGGUGCACAAGAUCAACAAUGUCAACAAAGCCCUGGACUUCAUCGCCAGCAAGGGGGUCAAGCUGGUGUCUAUCGGUGCCGAGGAAAUCGUCGAUGGGAACGCAAAGAUGACCCUGGGCAUGAUCUGGACCAUCAUCCUGCGGUUCGCCAUCCAGGACAUCUCUGUGGAGGAGACCUCUGCGAAGGAGGGCCUGUUGCUGUGGUGCCAGAGGAAGACCGCCCCCUACAAGAACGUCAACGUGCAGAACUUCCAUAUCAGCUGGAAGGAUGGCCUGGCCUUCAACGCUCUCAUCCACAGACACCGGCCGGAGCUCAUCGACUACGAGAAGCUGAGAAAGGACGACCCCGUGACUAACCUGAACAAUGCCUUUGAAGUGGCCGAGAAGUAUCUGGACAUUCCCAAGAUGCUGGACGCAGAAGACAUUGUCAACACUGCCCGUCCGGAUGAGAAAGCCAUAAUGACCUAUGUGUCCAGUUUCUACCAUGCCUUCUCUGGAGCUCAGAAGGCUGAGACAGCAGCCAAUCGGAUCUGCAAGGUACUAGCAGUGAACCAAGAGAAUGAGCACCUGAUGGAGGACUACGAGAAGCUGGCCAGCGAUCUGCUGGAGUGGAUCCGCCGCACCAUCCCCUGGCUGGAGAACCGCGCCCCGGAGAAGACCAUGGCGGAGAUGCAGCAGAAGCUGGAGGACUUCCGCGAUUACCGCCGCGUCCACAAGCCACCCAAAGUGCAGGAGAAAUGCCAGCUGGAGAUCAACUUCAACACCCUGCAGACCAAGCUGAGGCUGAGCAACCGGCCCGCCUUCAUGCCCUCCGAGGGCCGCAUGGUGUCGGACAUCAACGGGGCGUGGCAUAACCUGGAGGGGGCAGAGAAGGGCUACGAGGAGUGGCUGCUUAACGAGAUCCGGCGCCUGGAGAGACUGGACCACCUGGCCGAGAAGUUCCGCCAGAAAGCCACCAUCCACGAGUCCUGGACCGAUGGUAAGGAGGCCAUGCUGACACAGAAGGACUACGAGACGGCCUCCCUGUCGGAGGUGAAGGCCCUGCUCAGGAAGCACGAGGCCUUCGAGAGCGACCUGGCCGCACACCAGGACCGCGUGGAGCAGAUCGCCGCCAUCGCCCAGGAGCUCAACGAACUGGAUUACUACGACUCCCCCAGCGUGAAUGCUCGCUGUCAGAAGAUCUGUGAGCAGUGGGACGCCCUGGGCUCCCUCACCCAGAGCCGUAGGGAGUCUCUAGAGAGGACAGAGAAGCAGCUGGAGUCCAUUGACGAGCUGUACCUGGAGUACGCCAAGAGGGCGGCGCCCUUCAACAACUGGAUGGAGGGAGCUAUGGAGGACCUGCAGGACAUGUUCAUUGUGCACAACAUCGAGGAGAUCCAGGGCCUGAUCACAGCACACGAGCAGUUCAAAUCCACCCUCCCAGAGGCCAACAAGGAGAGGGAGGCCAUCCAGGCCAUCCAGGCGGAGGUGCAGAAGAUCGCCCAGUACAACGGGAUCAAACUGGCCGGGAGCAACCCCUACACCUCCAUCACACCCGAAAGCAUCGACAGCAAGUGGGACAAGGUACAGCAGCUGGUGCCGCAGCGUGACCAGGCCCUGCAGGAGGAGCUGACCCGGCAACAGUCCAACGACCACCUGCGCCGUCAGUUCGCAAACCAGGCCAACAUCGUUGGGCCCUGGAUACAGAACAAGAUGGAGGAGAUUGGCAGGAUAUCCAUCGAGAUGAACGGGACGCUGGAGGACCAGCUCACCCACCUGCGGCAGUACGAGCAAAGCAUCAUCGAGUACAAGCCCAACAUCGACCAGCUGGAGGGAGACCACCAGCUCAUCCAGGAGGCCCUGAUCUUUGACAACAAGUACACCGCCUACACCAUGGAGCACCUCCGUGUGGGCUGGGAGCAGCUCCUCACCACCAUCGCCCGCACCAUCAACGAGAUCGAGAACCAGAUCCUGACCCGCGACGCCAAGGGCAUCAGCCAGGAGCAGCUGCACGAGUACCGCGCCUCCUUCAACCACUUCGACAAGGAUCACAGUGGGGCUCUGAUGGCAGAGGAGUUCAAGGCCUGCCUGAUCAGCUUGGGCUAUGAUGUGGAGAAUGACAAGCAGAAGCGCACGGGGAUGAUGGACAGCGAUGAUUUCCGCGCUCUGCUCAUUUCCACGGGAUAUAGCUUGGGCGACGCUGAGUUUGCGCGUAUCAUGGGCAUCGUUGAUCCCAACAACAGCGGGGCGGUGACCUUCCAGGCGUUCAUCGACUUCAUGUCCCGGGAGACCACCGACACAGACACGGCAGACCAGGUCAUCGCCUCUUUCAAGAUCCUGGCUGGUGACAAGAACUACAUCACAGCGGAGGAGCUGCGACGGGAGCUGCCCCCGGACCAGGCGGAGUACUGCAUCGCCCGCAUGGCGCCUUACACGGGCCCCGACGCCGUGCCCGGAGCCCUCGACUACAUGUCCUUCUCCACUGCGCUGUAUGGGGAGAGCGACCUCUAAAAGCAGAGCGAGGCGGGCAGCCGGAGGCGGUGGGGGGGUGGGGGAGGACGGAACAAGGGGCGCGGCAGCCCAACUUGCAUUGCAAAGAGCAGUCUGCACCCCUCCAGAGUUUCCAUUUGCCUGCUGUCAUUCAUGGGGAGCGGUAGCGGUGGGGAGGGGUGACUGGCUGCAUUAGCUUUGUGAUUUGACUCUGGCCGCUUAGAGCAAGCCAGGAGGCCUGAAGCAGGUUAGGGAAACCAGGGAGCGGGUGCCGACUGCCCUAGAGUGCGAGUUCAGCCCUCACCCCUCUGCCUCUGAUUGGAGGGAACAGGCUAUUUUGAUGCUACUUUUUUUGUUUUGUUUUUGUUUUUAUUUUUUGCUGGGGAAGUGGGGGAGGGUGGGGAGGGCAUUGACGGGGUUUUGGCUGUAUGGAGAUGUGCGCAGUAAGGAGCACAGAGAGAGCUUAUACAGAGGGAUUGGUUUAAACAGAGAGAAAUAACAUGUAUCCUCUUAACCUGUUUUGCUGGAUAAGUGGAUCUCAGAAUAUCUAACCUCAGCUUCUUUUUUUUCUCUCCAGCAGAAUGUGAGUUAACAGGUUCAGUGCUGUACAUACUUAUUUUUCCAAUACACAAAAAACACAUUCAAUUACGGUUGCAGGCUGCUGGGGCUUCAGUCAGAGGAAAUCCUUUUGAAUCAAGUAAAGCACAGUUUCACAAAGAGCCCAGUACUGUAGAUAGGUUUGAAUUGCCACGAGCCUCCAUUAGGACCUUUUAAAAUUUAGUGAAAGUUCAGCUUAUUGAAUGACGUCUUAUCUGAGAAGUUAAAAAAAAAAAAAGUUCAAAAAAUGAAUUAAAAAAAAUAAUAAAUUGAAUGAAAUCAGGGGGAGUGUUAAAAUGUGCCUGUGUGUUUUGGGGGCUACACCCCAGUCUCUCUUUCUCAUCCUUCUCUCUGUCUCUAAUCUCCAUGUCUCUGUGACGUUAGGAAGCGUGCAUGGGUGUGAAAGGGGAGGGGGGGCAGAUUCUUAUUAAACAUUCCAUUAUGUCUUAAUAAUAUAAGGAAAUUACUGUCUUUGAUCUAUGCAAUCGAUUUUCAGUUCAUAAUCUAUAUAUAUUCUAUAUCACCAUGUUCAGAGAAAGCAAAUGACGGCGGGGAACUUAAAUGUUAACUUCGAAUUAACUGAGUAAAUGAAGAGGUAGAAAAUGAAUGCUAAUGUUCCUGUAAAGGGGAGGGGAGGGAAGGGGAGGGGGGAGGCUCUUGGGAGAGGGACCCAAAAUGAGAAGAGUUGGACCAAAAGCUUGUUCUUUUUUUCGCAAGAUUAAAUACUAUUGAACUUUGGAAUUGUGAUUUUUUUUUUGUAUUCUUUAUAAUAUCAAACCUUAUCUGCUGUACUGGAAACUGCAAAACAGCCUUCUGUCUCUUAAUGAAAAGUGAACUUCACGUGCACACAUAAAAUUUCCUUAUAAAAUAUUA